GACAGAGACAGCAAAGCGUGAUCGCCGACUAAACAAGCUGGUGCACAGGUCCCCAACUGGCGAUGUCGCAGAUGAUGGUGAACCAUAUGGUGAUACUGUCCGUCUACAUCCUGACCUUCCUGAUUGGCCUUCCCGCCAACGUCCUCUCACUCUGUGCCUUCAGCGUCAAGGUCCAGAGCAAUGCCACGCCCACCGACGUCCUGCUGCUCAACCUGACGGUGUCGGACCUCCUCUUCCUGCUCAUCCUGCCGCUGAAGAUGCACGAGGCUGCGUCCGGCAUGCGCUGGGACCUGCCCUACUUCCUGUGCAGCGUCACCUCCUUCGUCUUCUUCUCCACCAUCUACACCAGCUCCCUCCUGCUGAUGGCCGUCAGCGUGGACCGCUUUUUGAGCGUGGCCUUCCCCGUCCGCUACAAGCUGCUGCGCAAGCCCGUCUAUGCCAUGGUGGGCGCCGUCAUCGCCUUUGUGUUCGGCUCCGCCAGUUGCAGCAUCGUCUUCUUGACGCAGCACCUGCUGCCGGGAAAUGGCACCGUCAACGCCUCCGUCUGCUAUGAGAACUUCACGCAGAGGCAGCUGGCGGUCCUCCUCCCCGUGCGGCUUUAUUUGUUCUCCGUCCUCUUCCUCGUCCCGCUCCUGGUCUGCGCCUUCUGCUACCUGAGCUGCAUCCGUCUCCUGUACGCCCGCCCACGGAUUUGCAGCAGGAAGCGGCAGAAGGCCGUGGGCAUGGCACUGGGCACGCUGCUGGUGUUCGUCGUCUGUUUCCUGCCCUACAACCUCUCCCACCUGCUGGGCUACCUGCACGGGCAGAGCCCCCCCUGGAGGUACUACACCCUUCUCCUCAGCACCGCAAACACCUGCCUGGACCCCAUCAUCUUCUACUUCUCCUCCUCCACCUUCCAGGCCACGGUUAAGCACUCCCUCUACAGGCUGCUGGGGUGCCGACGCCAAAUUGACUUUGUCAACGAAGGAUCCAGUCAGAGCAGAGAUGGCUGUGCUGCAAACCACCUUAGAGAUGGCUGAGAUAUGAUUUUUAUGUAUGACAAACCAGGAGGCCAGCUCCGUACACUCAUGCAGUUGAACAGAAAAAUGUGACGCUCAUUCAUAAGAAAAUAAAAAUUAACUUUUUUGUGAAUAGAGCAAUAAUACUUUCACAAAAUAGUACAUGGUAGUUUCUUGUGUGUGAGGGUCUACCUAUGUCUAUCAUGUGUGUGGCAAAACUAUAAAGCUAAUGCUUGAGUACAAACCUUCCCAAAUAGCUAUUCAGUUUUCAUAAUGCUGGAAGUUCUGUUCAGCUGAACAUACUGCUCUUAAAACUGAAAGUUCUGUUCUUAACACAGAACGUUCUGUUCUUAACAUGGAAAGUUUCGUUCUUAACAUUGAAAGUUCUUAGAACAAUCUUUCUCAUGUCUAUUCAAUGUUCUGGAAGUCCUUCUCUUAAUACUGUAAGUUCUGUUCUUAACACUGAAAGAACUGUUAACCUUUGAUGCUGAAAGGUACCUAUUUGUGCAUCUUUUGAAAAUUCAUUAAGGAGGCUGAUUAAGAGAAAAAGCAUGAGAAGAAAAGAAGAAAGAAAGAAAGAAAGAAAGAAAGAAAGAAAGAAAGAAAGAAAGAAAGAAAGAAAGAAAGAAAGAAAGAGAAAGAAAUUGUCAUUUGUUAUUUCAACCAUGAAUCCCCAGUGUGUUUCACAACAAAGCCUUCAUCAUGGAGGUAUUCUGCUUAUCUCCUUGAAGUUUUUGCUUAGAAGUUUAGAUACAAACUGUAAGCCUAUAAGUGAUAAGUUAUGAGCCUCAUUCAAUGGACAUUGUUAACUAUUGUUACCAACUGAGGACAGAAGGAAAGUACUGCAGGCUCUGACCAUUGGGUUAGUCUAUUGGUUGUUCUGCUAAGAGUCUUUUCAUCUUGUUUUCAGAACCAAGAAGCUAACAGCCAUUGGCAGAAAUCUAAAUUGAUAUUUGUGAGGCCUUGUGUCAUCUUUUUUUGAAAAA